CCCACUCUUGACAGUCACUGGCAGGAGGACGUUUAGAGGUGGCUGUAGUGAACACAGAUAGACACAGCAAUGUCCGUGGCUCCUGGGGUAGCAGCAGAUGCUUCUCAGGCACACGUCUUCUGUAGUGGUUCUGGGAAGUAGGGACACUGGCGUGGCCUACAUUGGUAGAUCAACUUUUGGUGGCAAGCAGCCCAUAGACCCUGAAAGGUGCUAUCUCCUUGAAUUUGGCUGCUUGUAUGCAGGCUGGGUUGUGACUAAAGGUGUGUCCGUACAGCCAAUUUGACAAAAGUUUUGUUCUCAUCGAUAUCAGCUCUUUGGGAGCCUAGUAGAGCUGGGCCACAUCUGGGACAGGUUCUGGGGUUCUUUCCAGCCACUAGACCCAGCCAGAAUGACUCAGGGAAGAGGAAAGGGACAGGGUUACAGAGGAAUAGGUCUGCUUUUGAGGCCUCUGUUAUCUUUCCCACGUCUUCAUAUUCUGUUCUUUGCUUUAUUUUUUUCACAUGAGAUAUCCUCAAUAUACCGAACAUAUUAAUAAUAAAGUAAUCCAUAUUUACAGUUCAUGAAACUUUCUCCAUAACAAUUCUGUGUAAGUUUCAUUAUCCCCAAUUUUACAGAUAAAAGACCAGAGACCCCAAAAGAUUAUAGUCGUCUUGUUGGUAAGUCUUGAACCUGGGACUCAAACCCAAGUUUUCUGAUUUUACAUCCACAGUCCAUUGCUGUGGCUGAUGGCCUCUCCAGAUAACAAUGAAUAAGCUGGAUCUCCUCUUUACAACACUGAGAAGAUCAAGGAAGAAGAUUAUCCUAGUUUUAUACCAGAAGAGACACUUAGCACUGAAAAUGUGAGCACCAGUACGGGCCACUGAAAGCAAGAAUAAAACUGUUUGAACAGGAUGAUGGCCAUAGAACUAAUGGUGGCUGAAGAUGUGAAUCCCCAGAUCCAGGCUUUAUGGGAGAAAGAAAAAAACCUAAAAGAGACUUCAAUCCAGAGUCAGGAAUCUGUCCUACAGAAUGAUAAACCUGCUUCUGAGACCUGCCGACAGAGCUUUAGGAGCUUCCAGUACCAGGAGUCAGCUGGUCCCCAGGAGACCCUUAGGCAACUUAGGGAGCUUUGCCAUCUGUGGUUGCAGCCAGAGAUCCACACAAAGGAGCAAAUCUUAGAGCUGUUGCUGCUGGAGCAGUUCAUGAAUAUUCUUCCUGAGGAGACAAAGACCAGAGUUCAAAAGCAUUGCCCAAGGAGCAUCAAGGAGGCAGUGACAUUGGUAGAAGAUUUGCAGAGUACUCUUAUAAGACAGAGCAAAGGCCACAGAAAGAAGAUUCCCGAAUUGGACAACGAGGUUACAAUCCAUGAGCAGGGACAGGAAGUACCCUCGGAGAAGGCAGCACCCUUGGGAAGAGCAUCGGAAGCACUAAGCUUCCAUCUGGAGCCAGCAGAGCCCCAACAUAUGGGGGUGUUCCAGGAAGAGGAAUUGUGGAGUACCCACCCACGACUACAGGAACCACUGAGCUGUGACCCUGAAAAAGAGCUCCAGCCGGUGCAGGAGAGGGCUCUGCCUGCUCACCAGGUUCCUGUUCUUCCUGAAGAGAGACCUACCAGAGAUUGGGAGGUGGCAUCUGUAUUCUUCACACCUGAGUCCCAGAGUCCUGUGACAUUUGAAGAUGUGGCCAUGUAUUUCUCUCAGGAAGAAUGGCAAUUACUGGGCUCCAUUCAGAAGGACCUCUACAAGGAUGUCAUGCAAGAGACUUACAACAAUAUGAUUUCAGUAGCUCUGUUUCUGAUUCCCAAACCUGAAUUGAUAUCCUGUUUGGAGCAAGAGGAAGAGCCAUGUGUCAAAAAUUCUAAGGAAUCCAAUGUGAUCCCAAAAGAUUCCAAUACAGAAAUGACCUAUUCUCCUAUUUAUCUUAAUGAGGCUGAGGCUACAAAUGAGAAAGAAAAGCCUAACGCAGGACAUCCUAUUCCCUUAGAAGUACAAACACCAGAUAGUACUUUGUCUAUAUCUAAAAAGACUGAUGAGGAAGUUCUCCAGAGGGCAGAAUUGAAACAAGUUUAUGAAAAGCAGCUUGGGGAAGGAAACCCACAGCAAAAUUUACCUGUAGGAAGAUGGAAAAAAUUUGCUUCUGGGGAAAAAAGUCCACAAAAACUCAUGAAAGUAGAGAAGGAAGUCUGCACAGGAGAAAAACCUUUCAAAUGUCUUAUAUGUGGAAAAAGCUUCAAAGUUAGCUCUUACCUUAUUAAGCACCAGAGAGUCCACACUGAAGAAAGACCGUAUAAAUGUCAAGAAUGUGAUAAACGAUUCCGAUGGAGCUCAGAUCUUAAUAAACACUUGAUGACACAUCGAGGAAUUAAGCCACAUAGAUGCUCCUGGUGUGGGAAAAGCUUCAGUCAAAAUACAAACCUUCUUAUUCACCAAAGAACACACACAGGAGAGAAACCCUUCAAGUGUCAUGAAUGUGGAAAAAGAUUCAAUCGGAACUCCUAUCUCAUUAGGCACCAGACAACCCAUACAGCUCUGUUUCUGAUUCCCAAACGUGAACUGAUAUCCUGUUUGGAGCAAGAGGAAGAGCCAUGUGUCACAAAUUCUAAGGAAUCCAAUGAGAUCCCAAAAGAUUCCAAUACAGAAAUGACUGAUUUUCCUAUUUAUCCUAAUGAGGCUGAGGCUACAAAUGAGAAAGAAAAGCCUAAGGCAGUACAUUCUAUACCCUCAGAAGUACAAGCACCAGAUAGUACUUUGUCUAUAUCUAAAAAGACUGAUGAGGAAGUUCUCCAGAGGGCAGAAUUGAAACAAGUUUAUGAAAAGCAGCUUGGGGAAGGAAACCCACAGCAAAAUUUACCUGUAGGAAGAUGGAAAAAAUUUGCUUCUGGGGAAAAACGUUUACGAAAACUCAUGGAGGUAGAGAAGGAAGUCUGCACAGGAGAAAAACCUUUCAAAUGUCUUAUAUGUGGAAAAAGCUUUAAAGUUAGCUCUGACCUUAUCAAGCACCAGAGAGUCCACACUGAAGACAGACCUUAUAAAUGUCAAGAAUGUGAUAAACGAUUCCGAUGGAGCUCAGAUCUUAAGAAACAUUUGAUGAUACAUCGAGGAAUUAAGCCACAUAGAUGCUCCUGGUGUGGGAAAAGCUUCAGGAAAAACACACACCUUCUUAGUCACCAAAGAACACACACAGGAGAGAAACCCUUUAAGUGUCACGAAUGUGGAAAAAGCUUCAGUCAGAAUUCCCAUCUCAUUAUGCACCAAACAACCCAUACAGGUGAGCAGCCCCAUAAGUGUAGCAUGUGUGGGAAGAACUUCAGUAGGCGUUCAAGCCUUCUAAGACACCAGAAACUCCACAGAGAAAAGGAAACAGUCAGUGUCCUAUUUCUGAAGUAAAGUUCUAAGUGGAGAUGAAACCUUAGAAGGACAUAGAUUUAUAUGAAUUUAUCAAUAUUUGAAAAAGGUUGAAGUUUAAAUCCCAUUUUUCUCUAAAGAGAAUUUAAAUAGACUAUGCAAGAGGGAAUGUCAAUAUUUCUAGUACAUAAUGACUUCUUUAUGAUAAGAAAAUUCUUUAUAGGACAGUGUAGGGUUAAUGGAAUAUUAGAUCUUCCCUGUCCAUUAAUAGGCCUGUGUGACCACAUGUGUUCCCUUUUUUACUUGGAACAGGGGCUGUUUUCCUAGGUCUAAAGGUGCACAGGUAUUUCAAUCAUGGAUGUCUUGCUGCUUUGAGCUGUGGCCCAGUUCACAGCUGUGAUGUACCUGAGUCACAUAGAGCCCAUUAGAGAAAGGAGCUUGACUAAGGGGAAGCUUCCUUGCAGGAAGGCUUUCACACCUUUUGGUACUAAGACAGGCACUGAGCCAAAUGUCUUCUGGCUCUGAGCCUAUCAG